UACAAAUAGUACAUGAUCCUUGUUGGACUCCUGCGUGGCAGACAACCGAGCAACAUACAAGCAACGUGCCCAUGUCUCCCGAGGACCCGGCCGACGCAGUUAUCCGUGCUGCGUCUCGGUCAAUCGCUCAGUACGCAGCGGAGGCUGCUUCCCGCGAACCCCCAUGGGACGGAUACGGGGGCCUGGUGCGCAUCUGUGACGAUGAGAGCCUGCGGGAGCCGGGAGUCGUGUGUGCGGCAGUAGCACGCCAGCCAACCGCCCCCGCACUUGCUCCAUGUAGGCCAGAAGCGGCAGCAGCUGCAACAACCUGCCAGGGAAAGAUCCCUCGCGAACCAAGACCAGCGGCCGGGGCGCCUUCCCCACCGCCAACAGCAGCAGCGCACCCGCAGCAAGCACCACCGCCGCCGCCGGUCGUUGCAAGCGAUGGAGCCGCACCCAAGCCUGCACGUACCACCGCCGACCCCCACAACACCCACCUCCAUCGGUCCUCCCAAGGAGCCAUUUCGCCGAUAGCAGGGAAUCUGCAACAGCCGCCCUUGAUUCAACCACCCCAGCAGCCCCAUCAGCAGCCACACCAGUC